AUGAUUUGAUAUUUCAAUAAUUUCAAAAUAUUUUCAUGAAGUCCUUUCAUGCCUAUUUUGUAAUGUUAGCCUUGUUUAUUUUUUCGGAAGUUUGCGAAUAUUUCGAAGUAAAGUUUUGCAAAUUAAUAGCUGCAAAAAGAAAAAAUAAAUUUGGUAAUCGAAGUAAGAUUUACCAGAACGUCGAGCAUUGGAUCUGUGAAUCUCUAUUGAGGAACAUGCAAUUAAAAGGGUAUUAUUUCAUGAGUUAGAACUASAGGGUUUAUGAAAGAGUUUUUUGUACGUGACUAAAAACAAAACUACUGGAAAAGGACGGGCAUUUCUAAAUAGAAAUCUGUUAUGAUCUAAUAAUAAAGUGUCCAGUAGAGUGUAUAGUUGGCACAUCAAAAUCUUCAUUAUUGACAUUGUAAUUUAUGGUAAUAGCAUUUCAAGGCUUUAACUAUUUUGGCAAAACUCUACGACAACGUCCACCACCUGGUUUGUUACAAGGUGUACUAGCUAAGGACUUGGAGCGAAAAAAGUAGUUCGACGUAGCAUAGAGGUACUAGGGGGUAACAUUUUUAACUUGUUACCCCGACCUAGUGAAGGCUUUCGGUUCUAUUUCUUCCAAGAGACCAGCAACGAUGAUUCGUACUGGAGUCUAUGUAUUUCUCAUUAUUGAAGCUUUAAUUCCUGCAAUGAAAUCCUUGGUUUGUGAAAAAUCAGUCUAUUUCGAUACACUUCAAGGUUCUCGAUUGUUGAACAGCGUGAUAGACAAAAUUGAAGUUGAUUCAGUACACGACUGUCUUAACAAGUGCACGGACAAAAGUCCCUGCCAGUCCAUCAACUACUACCAUGGCAACAAUGACGUCAAUCAGUGUUACCUUAGCAACAGGACGAGACGUUCAGCUGCAGCUGAAGACUUCAAAUCGGAUCCUSAAUUCACGUAUUAUGAAAAGGAUCCCUGUGUCCCGAAUCCCUGUUUGAUUGGGGGUACGUGUUCCAAGGAUAACAGCAACAUGGGGUUCCUGUGUAGYUGUGUGCCAAGGUACAAAGGAUCACAAUGUGAAAUCGAGCGUGUUGGUUGGUCAUCCCAUAAACCUGGUAAGUCUUGCAAGGACAUCAAGUCAAACGGCGACGCAGUGUAUGAUGGGAAAUACUGGAUUGACCCAGAGAAUUCUGGGAAUGCUAUACAGGUCUACUGCGAUAUGAGCAACGAGGGAGGUGGAUGGCUACUUGUCUCCAAUGUCAUCCUUCCAAAUCCAGCCAACAUCCCAUCAUUGACCUUGCGCACAUCUUACCGUGACAUUGCCAACUACAACGAUAACACAACCGUUCUCUCCCCAACUACACUUAACCAAAUUCGUCAGCUUACAGGCUUUACCCAGCUMAGAUUUCAAUGUCGUCUAGCGAAAGUUGGUCGCACUCUCCACAUGAUAACAACAGCAGACUCCCAAGGCAAAGCUGUUGUCGACUACUUCACGGCAUCAUCAGGUUCCCCACCUCAAGCUUGCAAAUCAUUUUAUCGAGGAACCGGGGACACUUCAAUGCUCGCUGCUAAGUGCAGUCAAUGGAACAGCAGGGUCUGGAGUUCAUCAUCGAGAUCCAGUAGUACCUGGAAACUACAUGAUCACACUUUUUAUGUAGCAGGACAGUAUCACUGGAUCACAAGAUCCUCUGUUCAAUGCGAUUCAAGAAUCACAUCUUCAAGUGACCGCAGUCCUGGAGAUUUCUGGAAAAUUUACGUUCGUUAAAACCGAACAACGUCAUUCACGUAUGACUGUUAAAGUUCAUAUGAACUCUGCRCGCAUUCAACAUAUAACAAGUAGACAUUUUUAAUAGUGUGUUUAUCGAAAAUUGCACAAAAUCCGAUCUUAGAGUUGGUUCGUAAUGAUAAAAAACUCGGCCUUUUAUAGCGCCGUCAGUUCGGCAGUUCUAGUGGUUUUUGCGGGAACGUUUACGUUUUUUAGUCUAGAACCGAACGUCAUCUUGAUGUUUGUCUCUGAUAGCUUCACCUGGCAUAGUUGCUCCUGCAUAAACACAGGUCCAAGGGAGCGAUGUACAGAAUGCAUCAUGUUACUAUAGACGUUUCGGUGUAUAUCAUGGAAUUGAGAGAUUUACUGAGUCUUAUUUGCACCACGUCAUUUUACUCGCUAGCGAAAUAGAUGGAAAUGACGUUUUCAUGUGCCUUUUUGCUUUUUAUGAUCUUAUCUUGUAUUCAAUCUACAGCCUUCCUAAAAAAAAGUCCAAAAACAUUAGUUUGAAGGAGAUUUCGGUUAAAAGCACUGUGUCGCAUAACGGUACGGGCAUUUUAUUGAUUUGAUUAGUUUGAGAGAUAUGAUAAAUGGUAUCAUUCAGUGAUGAUUUCCAGCUUGAAAGGAAUAUGAUAAAGGCACCAAUUUUUGAUAUGAUAUUUAAUGAUAUGUAUUAUAAUAUAUACUCAACAACUAACGCAACUAAUACACGAAGUUUUGUCAGUGAUGAUGUACGUCCCAUGUGCUCUCCUUUGAAUGUUACUGACCCGAGGUUAGCCUAUGUUGCCUGCAUUUGCGCUGGUUACAAACGACCAAAUGAUGUCCAGGAACCGCUAACUKUUGCUUCUCUACUCAAACCUUAUCUACUUCAAUUUGAAGUGUAUCCUUAUCCCACCUAAUCAUACUAAAUUGUAACCACGGCUGAUGAGAUUGUGCUGCACAGGUAACAUUUCUCAAGCCCGAUUGAUCUUCCAGAGGUGCUUUCCAAUGUUAUAUUGGAUUUUAGAAGUUGUAUGUCACGUGACAUAUGACGUCACAGACUCGAAAAUACAGGUUAAGUUGAUUGACAAAUGAUGUAUGUCACGUGACACCAAACUUUUAAAAACGAAAAAGCUACAAAUCGGAUAUAAAGUAGCAAUCACUUGGUUUCCAUCCGAAUUGGAUUGAUUCGAUGUGCGUGUAAAUCUCCUUAAUUUUGACCAUAUAUUGGCAUUUGGCGGGAUUCAAAUUUCUGUAAUUGUCGAUAACUUUUGAGCCAUUUAACGGAUUUGGGUGGGGUUUUUACUAAAAUGCAUCGUUGUGAUCGUACAAAACAUCUAGAUAACUUUUGAAAUCCAAAUCAAAGUUUUAGAGUUU